GUAUGCUUACCUCCUCCCACGAGCAAAGCCGUCGGGCUUGCUUUGCAUCGUCUUCCCAAACAUAUCCAGUUAGUAAGGUAUGCCAGAGCCGGAGGGAAAGACAUCAAGCAAACUGUGCUUUCUGUAAAUUUGGGCCAAGAAUUACAUUCCUCUUUUCUGAUCAGUGAUUCAAUGUACAGAUGAUGUGUUAAUGCUACGAUUUUUUUAUGAGGUCUCAAAAAUGGAAAACUAUCUUUCUUAAAAUUUGUUGAAUAUGUCAAACAUGUCGAGGAUUGUGGAUAUAGAUUCCAUUGCGGUAUUAGUGAUGUUAAUGCUUGCCGUGGUCUCACCGAUACACUCAAGCACCAACGGACAUCACAAUCUCUCAGCAAGUGCCCUCAAGCCUGAGAACUUGACCGCAGGUAGGGUCAAUGUUGACGACUUCCUGGCCGAGAAUGACCUUUCCAACAAGUCCCAUCCCGAGACGACAGUUGGGUCUGAGGACGAUGACCAUUCGAGCAAAAACAUUUCCGAUUUAAAAUCGGGUAUAGUAUCGACUUCCUUAAAUCAUGAAGCUUCUACAGAAUUGGCCGCCGAUCAUCCAACUACCAUCUGUCCGAAUAUACGACGUGCGAGUGUAGAAAGAACUUUUGUGAAAUGCCAUUGUCAAGGGAGGGAAGUCUAUGUUAAUGGGAAGUGUCAACCUUAUGAAGGAAUUGUCGUCCCGGUGGAGCAUCAUAAGUAUUUUUCAAAACUGGAAAGUAUAAGUAACUUCAAUGUAACAAUCCAGGACGUUAAUUGUGAUCCUGAUCAUUACUUGACAAUGAACUUCACUAAGAAUCAGUUCCAGCUGAGAUAUAGGGGUGACAUUGUCCUUCUUAGAGAUGCUGGUAAACUGGAGGAGCAGCGCAUCAACAAGUAUUGUCUCAUUCAUCAUCUGGACAGCCAACAUUACCUGACAUGGACGGUGAAGACUUGUGUACCCAAACCACACGUACCUAGAUGCUGUUCUUAUGGAUACGCCAUGAAAGAUGGUGUAUGUAAGUCUGAUAACACUCCAAGAAUACUCGAACCUCCUAUAACUGUAAAACCUCAUUCCAAAGAAGCCGUUGAAGGGUUAAAUAUAAGUACCUACACCAAUAAUUUAAUUUGCAAAUCUGAGCCCAUGCAGACAAUUCCUCUUGGUAAUAAUGGUUCGCAUUUGUUAUUAUUAGCCGAUGGUUUGACUCUCAUGUGGAAGCCUAGCGAACCUCGUCUUCAAGAAAAGGUUCAUUUUUGUCCACACUAUUGCAUUGAUGGCGUCGAAGACAGUAAUGGAAGAGUGGAAUACUUUGUAAGUUUUUGCUACAUGACUAGGAAAGAGGCCCAUGUGAAGGCUUGUGAAAAGAAGUCUUGUAUUCGCAAAUGCUGCCAAGAGGGGAACUCUUAUGAUACUGAGAAAGAAAAAUGUGUUACAGAUUCCAACUCCUCAUUUAAUCUUACGGAUAUAACUAAUUCAUCGUCCUACAAAAUUCUCUUUGGUGAACCACUUUGCGACUACUUCGCAGAGGUAGAAAAAGAAAUCAAAAUAAACAGCGAUGGACAAUUAAUUCUUAAUGAGGGACAUUACCCUCCCACUGACUAUUGCGUGGGUAUCAUCUUCAACAAACCAAAUCGGACACCAAGUGCCUUUGUGUGUGGCAAUCGGCCCUGCACGUGGGAAAACAAAACCGAUCAUCAUAAUCCCGAUUGCUACACUAAUUUCUUUGGUCUUUCUGUUUUUAUCCAUCGUGUGCCACCUGUUCGUCCCUAAACUUCUGGCUCGUGGUGGUGUACAUCAGCUGUGUCAUAUACUAUCUCUAACCAUCGCUUACAGCACUGCCUUCCCUUUGAAUUUCUUUCAUAAAGACAUCGUCAAUAAUUUCAAUCACUGCUUCGGUCUCGCUAUCGGUACUCAGUAUGGGUUCCUAGCAACGUUCUUUUGGCUAAACGUCAUGUGUUUUGAGGUCUGGAGGAAAAUCAGGAAACUUACGAAGUACCAACAAUCGAAGACGUACCCUGAAAUUUUCUUCAUGUUGUAUGCCUGGGGAAUACCCUUAUGUAUAUGUGCAGUGACAAUUAUGAUGCAGUUUAUAAAACCUCAUCAGGUCAGGGGCGAGAUCAGGCCAUAUAUAGCCAUAAAUAAAUGUUGGUUUGAAGAAGAUGCUGGUCUUUUUCUCUACUUCUAUGGUCCUAUCGCUCUUCUGUCUUUCUGCAACUUGGUGCUUCUAAUCCAUACACUAAAGAACAGUAGGAUAAUCCUCCAAAAUUCUGAAGCGGCUUCGAAAGAAUUGCAGAACAUAGGACGAUCAACGAGGGAUGUGUCCGAUCACGUCCAAGAUUUUUACCACAAGUUGAAGCUUUUUGCCCUGACGGUGUUCUGCUGGUCUACAGAAUUUUUGUCGUGGAAAAUCCCUCCAUUAGAACUCUGGGCACUCACUGACAUCCUGAACGCUCUUCAAGGUCUCUUCAUAUUCAUAAUUCUGCUGACAAGCCAAAGCAAACGUAGGAUGAUAGAAGAAAGGUUUCCCUUACCGUUCCGAUUAGCAAGAAGAUGCUUAGGUACAAUCUGCAAGGCUAAAAGAGAACCAGCAGUUGAGGGCAGGAGGGACACGCCCUUUGCAGCAGAAUCCUCAACGUCAGACUCGACAUCAAACAGGACUGCAUCUUCUGUUCUUGAAUUGUCAUCCGUUUCCUCUGAAAGAAGUAUUUCUGAAUGCUGCGAAGCUUCCGAGCAAGUUUAACACUUUUAGACUUGCUUUGUUUCCUAAAUUGUCAAUUUUACGUGUAGUUACCUGUUCAAAAUGUCUCCAACUGUAGCCUCAUCAGAGUUCAGUGUGAUCAAGACUAUAAACUACAGGUAUUAAACGUACAAUUAGCUUUGACAUAAUUGCAGACAUUUUCCCAUUGCUAAUUCUUGGUGUUUUGAUAAAAGGAUAAAGAUCUGCAUAUACUUACUGCUUCCCUUUACCAAUACUACGGCAUAAUACUAUCAGGCUAUGUACUUCGUCAGCAUAAUAAUAUUUGCUUACUACAUAUUGCUAUAACAAGAACUUUAAAACUGCAAGAAUGGUUUUGAUUACAGACAUGAGCAAAUUUUUUGGUGAAUUUUCAGUCAUCACGCAUGUAGUAUAUAUUUACCUAUGUAUAUUGAUAUUCCAAUACACCCUAUUGUUUCUUUAAUGUAAAUACGAGGAUGACAAUUUUGUACGUGAAAAUAUCGAAACAGUUGUUGCUGUUUGUUUAGUAUUUCCUCAAAGCAUCCAGAUAUUCGUAAGAUAAAUUAAGAUUUGUACCUCCCCUGACAGUCCUCAAAGGCCAAACAAGCCUUGACUAACAAAUAUUUAACUACUUCCUGAGGUAUUCACACAAUGAAGGUGAAAGAGUCAUGAAAAUAUCAGAUAAAAAACUUAUAUUACGAUAAAGCACAAUGAAUUUUAUAUGUAUAUAUCUAUGUAUGUAUAUAUGCCUAUAGCUAUAUACACAUCACGUGUAUAUAGCUAUACGAAAACUUGACUUUCAAACUAGAACACCUGUACCUAUAAUUUGAUCCCACAAUAUACAUCACAAAUUCACCAUGAGUGUCUCAUUAGCAGAAGUUUUCAGUUUAAUGUAGAAGCAACCUUCGAGUGAAGUGUCGCAUCAUACUACGUUAUGUAUCACGUAUGUAUGCAAGGUUACUCAUUAGUUCAAAUAAAAAAUAGACUAAACUAUAAGGAAUUUGAUUUUUCUUUUGCCAUAAGAUUUGGUUAAUAACAGACACCUCUUACGAAUAAUCAUACCGUACUGACCACAAGUCUAAUACCUUUUUAACGUCAACUCCUAACCAAAAAUUAUCCCUUGACUGAGCAAUUACCUUCAACAAUCCCUAUUCCUCUUUCGCUUUUUGAUAAUCUUUAUAAUCAGCUAAUUAAUUAUCUAAAUUUCUACUUUGAGAAUGAAGCCUUUCAUGUAUGCCAAACUAAAAUUUUGGCUUUCAGGUCUGAAAGGGUACUAAAGCUAAU